AUGGAGACUAUUUCAAGGAUAUCUUCUAUGCUGGAAACAGCUCGAGAGCUCACCCUGGAAGCUGCUCAGUCCGCCGCGAGCAACGGAAUUUUGAAAUCGGAUUCUUCCUCGCGUACGUACAGUGUUACCCACAUCAAGAAGCUUUUGGAUAGUCGUCAUGAGCGAGAGGUCCUGGAUGGAAUGCGGAAGGUUAUCUCGUUGAUGUACCGGCCUGAAUCAUCGCAUCCAUUCUUUUCCGCGGUGGUCAAGAAUGCAGCCAGUGCCAACCUCGAGGUCAAGAAGCUAGUUUACAUUUACCUCGUCCACCAUGCGGAGGCAGAACCGGAUUUAGCCCUACUGUCCAUCAACGCCAUUCAAAAGUCCCUGACCGAUUCGAAUCCCCAGGUCCGCACUAUGGCCCUCCGAACAAUGUCUGGGAUUCGUGUACCAGUGAUUAGCCAGAUCGUGUCACUAGCUAUCAAGCGCGGGUGCGGCGACAUGAGCCCGCAUGUGCGCAAAGCAGCCGCGCUGGCAAUCCCCAAAUGCUAUCGUCUAGACCCGAACACACUGCCUCAAUUGAUUGGGUAUAUUGAGACUCUCCUCGGAGACUCGCAAUACUUUGUGAUUGGCCCGGCCGUGGCCGCGUUCCUGGAAGUCUGCCCGGAGCAGAUUGAUCUAGUUCAUAAGCACUACCGCAGCUUAGUCAAGAAGUUGGUGGAUAUGGACGAAUGGGGUCAACUUUCAACAUUGCGUCUAUUGACUUUUUAUGCACGCAAGUGCUUUCCGCAUCGGACGCAGAAGGUCAAGCAGGCGGUGACCAAGGCCUUUUACGAUGACGAACAAGAACCACAGAACGACCAAAAUGAAGGCGAGGAGUACGAAGUGCCAGUAGUUGACCCUGAUCUUGAUUUGCUGUUUCGGGCGUGCAAGCUGUUGUUGCAAAACAGGAAUUCAGCCGUCAUUGUCAGUGUCGUCCGCUGCUUCCUCUAUCUAGCACCGUCUGAGUACCUUGCUUCUGCCGUUGGACCGUUGGUGGCCCUUCUUCGAAGCCCCCAGGAUAUGCAGCUGAUUGCUCUUUACAACAUCGUUGCUGUUGCUUUGAGAGAACCCAAGCCGUUCACACGAUACAUCGCCCAUUUCCUCAUUCACGCCAAUGACCCACCGCAUAUCUGGCGCCUAAAGCUCGAAGUUCUUACAAUCGUCUUCUGUCAUUGCGGGAAUCAUUGGAAGGGCGUCAUCAUCAGUGAACUGGAACAUUUCUCUAAUGGUACCGACCCUGAAUUGGUCCGAGAAAGUGUGCGGGCGAUUGGACGCUGUGCACAAGGCGACCCCAGCACCGCAGAUAUGUGUCUGCGUAUCUUGCUUGGCCAGGUUUCUAGUCUUGAUGGAAACUUGGUAUCUGAGUCUUUGACUGUUAUUCGACAUCUGAUUCAACAAGAUCCGACCUCGCAUAAGCAAACCGUCAUUCAACUUGUUACGUACCUUGGCACAACUACUAAUGCUGACGCGCGAGCUACGAUUAUUUGGCUUGUGGGUGAGUUUGCAGGCAUGGACCCGGACAACAACAUUGCACCCGAUGUUCUUCGCAUUCUGAUCAAGGGGUUCACCGAUGAACUUGAGGUCGUUAAGCAGCAGAUUGUACUCCUUGGUGCCAAGGUGUACCUCCAGCAUCUCUUGAAAACGCAACCACAGGAGUCAGCAGAGCUUAUCGCUACGGCGUCACCCGACCGGCCUGCCAAGAUUGAACAGGAAAUUCGCAAUGAAUGGGCGGACGACCCUGCCGAAGACCAGACAGACUCGAAUAAAAACCCCGUGGAUGAGACAGCUGUGGCGGGCGAAAUUGCUAGUCACGAGGAGGAAGAUCGCAUCACAUUACUUUGGCGCUACAUCCUGCUUCUUGCGCGUUAUGAUACUUCAUACGACCUCCGUGAUCGUGCCCGUCUUUACAAGUCGCUCCUUGCUUCUCCGUCUUCGACUCAACUAGCCAAUCUGCUUCUCCUAGCUCCCAAGCCCGUCCCGCACGCCCCCAGUCCUUCUGAAUCACGCAAGAAUCUACUUAUCGGGACUGCAACCCUUGUUGUGGGCUCAGAGGCCGGCCAUCACGGCCUACGUGGCUACGUCAAUAUACCAGACUGGGUGCAGCUAGGACAGGAGCCAGAUCCGAGUCUUCGCACAGAAGAUAUUAAAACAGAAACUGCCUCCACCCCGAGCUCCCUGACUGCUGGUCAAAAGUUGGACAAAGCGCUUCGCGAGCAUCAGGCCGCUGCGCCACCACGGCGACCAAAUGGUUCCCCUGCCAUAGGGAGCGGAAGUGGCAAGAAGACUUUGGAUCAAUGGCUUGGGGAGGAAGAAGAAACCGAAACUGAAUCUGAGACUGAGGAAGAAACUGAUUCGGAGGAAGAGGAAACUGACUCUGAAGAAGAUGACUCUGAGGAAGAAUCUGAAGAGGAGGAAAGUGAAGAAGAGACUGAUUCUGAGAGUGAGGUUGUCCAUAAGGAAGCCCAGCAAUUGCUUGGCUAG